UCAGCACGGACUACCCAGGGGCCUCUUUUCUAACACCCCAUUUAGAGCCUACUGAGAAGGGAUUACAACAUUAGUCUGUUAGGGACAGCGUUUCCUGUAGUUACAGCUGAGACAUUUGGAAGUUUAUUCUUUGGAGGAGGAAGUAUGAUCUCUUGUUCGUUGGAGUAGGAUCUCUGGUGGCAGAACUUUUCUUGGAUUUGAUUUUUGUAUUUGUAUUUUUAUUUGAAGAAAGAAGUUGAACACCUGGUUUCUCCUCUUCUUUCCCCGUGGACGUGUUUAUUGGAGGUAGAGAAGCGAGGGAGGGAGCAGCAUGGAGGAGUGAAGCAGACGGAGAUGCUGUCCGAGGGGUCGUCAGCAACCGUUGUGAUGCGCUGUCGGAACGCCGGCGGUUGGAACGUUGGCGUUGGUGCCGGGAUGACACGCAUCACCACCCUGUGGAUUAUCUGGGCCAGCUGGCUCUGCUUGACGGCCAACGGACAGAUGAAGAUACCGCCGGAAACGGUUCAGCAAUGGGCCAUCUCUUAUGGAAAACAAAUCAUUGCUCUUUCAACAAAAUACUCUGGUGCUCUGCUGCUCCAAAAGAAAUACAAAGACAUUGAGCCCACGGUGAAGAUGGAGGAGGUGGACGGAGAGGAACUGGUGAAGAAGUUUGCUGAGGAGAUGGAGGGCAUGCUGGGUAGGAAGAUGAAGUCUGUGAAGAGACUGGCGGAGGCAGCGGAGGACGCUGAUCUAUACCAUGAAUUCAACGCUACUUUAGAGUUUGACUACUAUAACUCUAUGCUGAUCAACUCGGUGGAUAAAGAUGGAAACGUAACUGGGAGGAGAGUUUCUCUGUCAGAAGAGAAUGAACAUCAGUCAACUACAG